AUAACUGGAGUCUGAAAAUCCUUUCAUGUGAAUUAUUAUCUAUUUUUAAUCAUUGUUUAUUUGUACGUGGAUUAUGCUGAUGGAUCCCCAACAAAGGACUGUCCCGUGCCGGAGGACUGAAGGCUGUAAGACAGUUCAACUACUGCGGAGGUUUACGCUCUGCGCAAAAUGAAUAAUGACAAGAAAACUGGGGAAAAUAUCUUCGAAACAUCCUCCCAGAGAAGCAGCUCUCCUCAUAUUCUCUCUCAUGAUCUUAUCAAAUCAUUUGGCCUUUUGAAGAGAAGCUUGUUGAUCAGAGUCCUUAUUCCUUCUCUGAGAGACUAAAAGAUGUCCGACCUCAGCCAAGUCUCUGUGUACUCAGACUCCACAGACAUUUAUAAGAAUGUGUUCUGUAAUCCUGCCUUUGAGUUGGAAGGGGAGCGAGAGGAGAAAGUGGAGGGAUUCAGGACGACUUCCUCCACCCCCGAACCCAUCAAACCGCCUGUAGCCAGCCGUGGUCUUUUGGCAGUAUGUGUGUUGCAUCUCCGAGGCCCGGGCCGUGGAUGGGGGGUGGUGGUGGUCUCUGCUGCUGCACUGUUCGUGUUAGCAGCGCUCGGGCUGGCGCUGGCCCUCAUCCUCACACAGAUGAAAGGUGAGGCAGUGGAGGACCAGGUGCUGCCCACUGCCACUCCAGAGCUGCAGGAUGCAGAAAAUGAGGCCUCCUAUAAUGUAUCCACAGUCUCCGCUAACAGAGGUCAGAUAGACAGCACGGGCCCACCACAGCCUGCCAGGGCCCCCCCGAACCCACCUGGAGCAACUUGUGGAGGUGUUCUGACGGACUCCGAGGGCAGUUUCAGUUCUCCAAACCACCCCGGCUCCUAUCCCCCCAACUCACGGUGUGUGUGGGUGAUUAGAGUCACGCCCCCGUACUUGGUCCAGAUUCACGUCUCCUCCUUGACGGUAGAGGGGCCGUCACCUUGUCUGUUUGACUGGCUGGAGGUGCAGGAGCAGAUUGAGCAGAGCUCUGUGGUCACCAGGUUCUGUGGCAACGUUGCGCCACCAACGCUGAACACAAACAGCAGCACCGUGUGGGUCACCUUCCAGUCCGACAGCAGCAUUGCAGGGAACGGCUUUGCUGCACAGUACAGAGCCGUACUUCCUGCACACAAGAGCUGCGCGAGGGAAGAGUUCAUGUGCGACAGCGGCCGCUGCCUGCUGCCUGUGUCCGUGUGCGACGGUCAUCCAAACUGUCAGGACCAGACAGACGAGGCGAACUGCAGCCAUAAGCACAAGGAGUGUGGCGGUCAGAAGUUUGGGCCCUACGGCUACCUGGAAAGUCCAAACCACCCCAGGCCUUAUCCCCACCAACAGUUUUGCAUAUGGUAUAUAACUGUCGACGAGGGUCACGUCAUCACACUCAGCUUCAGGAACUUCAGCCUGGAAACUCAGGAUGUGUGUGAGUUCGACUAUGUGGAAGUGCACGACAGUAUCGAUGGAGGAGCUGGGAGAGUCCUGGGGAGGUUUUGCGGGACCACGAUCCCCCCAGACCUGACCUCCUCCGGCCCCCACAUGACGGUGGUGUUUGUGGCUGAUGAGGGAGUGGCCGACAGCGGCUUCAAUGCCACAUACCAGGAUGUAUCUGUACUGGAUAGGACGUGUGGCCCCAACCAGCUGGCCUGCAGUACCGGGGAGUGUCUGGAGCGGCAGCUCCUGUGUGAUGGCUGGAACGACUGCCCCGACGGAGCGGAUGAACAGGACUGCAGUAACUCCACCUACCCCCCCUUCGCUUCAGCGUGCGAGCUCAUAGAGGUGGAGAUGUGUCAGGGCCUCAGCUACAACCUCACCUCAUUCCCCAACAUCUGGCUGUCCAUCGCUGACCAGAGAGAAGCUGCCACACUCCUGCGACAGUACCGGGUGCUGAUGGAGCUGGCGUGCUUCCAGCCGCUGCAGAGGCUGGUGUGUGGGAUGUUCCUCCCUCAGUGCAGCCCUCAGGGCGGCGUCCUCCAGCCCUGCCGCUCCGUCUGCUCCUCUGCAGAGCAGCAGUGCAGCCAGGCGCUGGACCUCUUCUCCUUCAGCUGGCCCUUCAACUGCCACCUCCUGCCCGACUCGCAGGAUCCCGUGGAGUGUUCACAGCCUUGAAGCUUCGACUGGCACAACGGUUCAAGCUCCCGUUGUGGUUUUAGUGCAUGAAAUACCUCUAAAAUUCAGGCUGGUGCCAAAGCUGUUCAGGCACUGGCUGAAAGACCUGCACUCCAUGCACCUCUACAUCAGAGAGAAACAAGCAUGCAUACUGCAAACUAUUUCUUUUUUUUAAAACUUUGUUAGCAAAAAAAAAAACCAAUAGCUAUUUUAGAAACCUUGGGAAGAAAAAAGCUUUUUAAGAUGUUGAGUUUAAAGUAAAAUGUAAGUUUACAGUUUCUGGUCAGGGGUCACGUUACUGUGGUACAAAACUCACCUUUUGCUCUAUUUAUUGUUUGGAUGUCAAAAAUGAACAACACAGCAAAAAUAACUUUAAAAUAAACUUUAUUGCAUCGUUCUUCUACACGCCAAAUCAUAAUGGUGUGCGUCUGUUAUUUAAGUGCUUACAAGAGUCCAGAUUAGAUCUGGAGUGAAAAACAGGGGCAAUAAGAUGAAGGCAAUCACGAUCUUCAUUGUAGCCGUGCUUAACUGACGUCUGUCUGGCACUGAUUUAAUGAGACUCGGUUGGAUGCGGCCGGUGAUUUAAUAAGAAAUGAGAAUGAAGAGAAGUGACUGUGAUAAUAAAAAAAUGUUGAAAUAUUAGAAACAGAAUGAGCCAGAUACAUUUAAAUAACGGCCCCACAGCGAGUGUUUUUACUGAUGGUCACUCCACAGAAUGAUAAAAAGAAUAAAUUAAAAAGAUUGUGUUCACUGAUUCCAGACGUGAUUUUGCUACAAAGCCAGAAAGCACAUACUUUAGGACAAUCUCUCAGUCACCGUAGACAGCAACGCCUCUGGCUGAGCUACUGGGGGGGUACGAGGAGUUUCAGGGUGUGGUCCAGGGCGACGGCAGUCAGGCCCCACACGCGGUGCCGCCCGUUACGAAACACCGGCAUCGUGUAUCCAUACUUGUCGCCAGUGCGGAAGUGUGUGUAGCCGCGGUUCUGGGGGGUGCACAGGUGUGACAAAGACAAGGUGAAGAUCUCCUCCACCUGCAGGAGAAACGGACAGAAUCAAGGGCUUUAUUGGUUUUGCUCCGGAUUUGAAAAUGGCUCUUUAUAUUGUGGUGACGGCAUUUUCUCUUCAAUGUAUUGGUAAUAAAGACAAUAAAAUAAAACACAAAAAAAGUCAAAGAAGAGUGGAAGAAGGAACCUAAAGACAAAAAGCAGUUGCCUGAUCUAAGUUUUGUUGGCCCCCCAGUCCAGGUAGCAGUUAGCCCAGAUCAGCUAGCUGAGGGUCCCGCUGGAGCUCGAUUGCAGAUCCAUCAGAAACAUUUUUACAUGUU